AUGAGCUUUUCUGAGAAGAGGCUUAACCUCCUGAACAAAGGCGCCAUUGCCGACGUCCAAAUCAUCGUCGGCUUCGGUCCUUCUCAACCAAUCAAAUACCCGGCUUCGAGAGUGCAUCUGAUUAGCUCGAGUGAAUAUUUCAAAAGGCUGAUCGCCGACAGCAGAGAAAAGUCAGGAAAAUGCAUCGUGGUCAGAUUGCCUGCAAUUCAACCUGCUGAAGUCGUACGACGCGUCAUCGAAUUUACGUUUUUGGGAGGUAAAAUGCAGACCGAGUUGGAAGAUAGGGCGCUGUGCGUGGGUCUCAUCGUCGCCUCCGAGAAAUACGAGCUCGAAGAACUCGGCCAAUACUGCAAACACGUCUUGCUCAACAAAUUCCUCACCGUGGACUCCUUCUGGCCCAUUUUCAACGCCUUCCACGACAAACACCCUCUCGUUUACGAAGCCACUCAGGAGUUUUUGGCGGAGAACAGCGAGGCGGUGCUGAAGCACGGGGCUAUGCUCACUAUUAGCCUUCAAGCUCUUUCCGCUUUUUUGCAAGACCCGAAUCUGCACAUUUAUUCCGAGAUGAAACUCGUCCAGGCCUGCAUGAACUACGCUUUUGCCAAUGCAGGAGAAGAGGACGCAAAGUCUAUUUUCCGGCGAGUGGCCCUUCCUCACCUUCGGCUGUACAACCUGGAGAAAGAGGAGGACGCGGACGUGUUGAACGUCUUUCUGACCGAAAACGAGUACCUCUGCGUGGCGAUUAACAUGUUUCCAACGGAAUUCAACCGCAUCCUGGAGGUGGUCAUGUAUAAACUGUAUAACCCAGUCGAAUUCUGCUCGAAGAAACUGCCGAGAAAGCAAAGGCCAGCCAAGGUCUGCUUCCUGCCCAAAGUUCCCAUUUUCACCGGGCACAUUUUCUUUCUCUCUCGAGAAAGCUGGAACCAGAACAUGAUCAUUGGAGCGCCUGAGACCAAGUUCGUGCUGAGUUUCGAGGCUCCGAGGAACAUGACCAUCGCCGAACUGCAAACCCUGCAUCCCGUUCGCAUCAGCCACUUUAACAUCACAGACGUCCGCGAAAGCACCUUUUUGAAUCCCGUGAAUUCGCGCUGGCUGCUGCCGUCAUCGGUCAAGAUUGGAGAAAACACUCAAUUUGAACUGGACGAGACAGAAAAAGACAACAUUCUUUUGACCUGGGCGACCUGGAAGACGUCCCUACAGGUUAAUCAAGGGAGCCAGGUGACAAUCGAGGUUUGCUUCGACGAGCCGUGCCUCUUCAGGAGGACCGCUUUGCAGUUUGAACAGAAUGUUGCCUUUGAAGGCAUUCAUUUCCGGUUCAAAAUGUUCCAGAGGGAAAAAAAGAAUAGCGAAUGGUUGGAAGUGAUUGGCAGCGUCGUCAAUAUCUUCAAAGACCUGUCUUUCUUCAAGGUCUGAUUUUCUCGGCUUCUUCUUUCUUAAUUUUGUGCACAC